AUGGCGCCCGCCCUAUGCGUCUUGUGUGGUACUGAACGGGCCCUGAUCAAAAGACCAAAAAACCACCAAAAACUCUGCAAGAAAUGCUUCAUCCAAGUCUUCGAGGAUGAGGUGCAUCACACCAUAACCAGUUCCAACCUCUUCACCCCAGGUGAAAGAGUCGCAAUCGGUGCAUCAGGAGGCAAGGACUCCACAGUGCUGGCCUCAGUCCUCAAAACACUAAACGAGCGCCACAAGUAUGGCCUCGAACUCGUGCUUUUGAGUGUGGACGAAGGGAUCAAGGGCUACCGAGACGAUUCGCUCGAGACGGUCAAGCGCAACGCCGUGCAAUAUGACAUGCCGCUCAAGAUUGUCGGUUAUGACGAACUGUACGGUUGGACCAUGGACCAGGUUGUCGAGACUGUCGGUAAGAAGGGCAACUGUACCUACUGCGGCAUAUUCCGGCGACAGGCCCUUGACCGCGGCGCCAAGGUCCUGGACAUCAAGCACGUCGUUACAGGCCACAACGCCGAUGAUGUGGCCGAGACAGUCUUGAUGAAUCUGCUUCGUGGUGACCUUGCUAGGCUAUCACGCAGCACGAAUAUCAUGACCGGGGCAAAUAGCGCGUUAUCCGACAACGUGAAACGGAGUAAGCCGCUGAAGUAUGCGUAUGAGAAGGAAAUCGUGCUGUACGCCCACCACAAAAAGCUUGACUAUUUCAGUACAGAGUGCUUGUAUAGUCCAGAGGCUUUCCGCGGUAGUGCAAGAAGCUUGAUCAAGAACCUCGAGAAAGUAAGACCAAGCGCUAUAUUGGAUAUUGUGCGGAGCGGAGAGGACAUGGCCAGGCUAGUGCCGUCCGAGAUAUCUGGGUCUUCCUGUGCCUGUAACGGAGAAGGGGAAGCUACCCAGGAUUACCCAGAAGGAGAGCCCGGAGGGUGUGGAUCGGCAAACGGUAGGAGUUCGGGAGGAGAAAUGGCCGAGAUGGAAGCACAACUUCGCAAGAACCAAGAGUCUGCAGCUCUCGAGGUUGACGUUGGCGCCCUGGAGAACCAGAAGAGAGAGGCCGAUGCUCAAAGAACCAUGAGAGUUCCCAUACGGAAUGCUCCCGCUAAGGGCAAGGGCGGUACAGUUACCAGACAGACCACAGGUACAGCAUCAUCGAUCGACCCCACCUUCCCACCGAACACGUGGCGACUCGACCAACUCACCCUGCUUCUGCCUGCACCUCAAGGGUCUUUAGCCAUGGCCAGUGCUCAGCUAAUGGAGGAGGAGCUGCAGCAUAGUGUGAUGGUUGCAGGGGCUGCUGAAGUCGACAUGGCCGACUAUGGUGAUGCGCCAGUUGAUGAUGCCGACGGCGAUGUCGACGAAGAGAUGGAAACCUCGCACUUGGAGGACUCAGUUCUGGUGAACGGCACAACGGACAAUAAAGGCUUGAUUGAAAGCGUGGAGCCCGACAACUACGAUGAUGCCGACGGCGAAGCUGAGAAGGAUGAAGAGAAUGAGGAAGGCGCCGAAGACUACGGGGAAGACGAAAACGAACAGGAUGAUAGCGACCAGGAUGACGACGAAGGCGACUCAGACCGAGAUGAUAGUGACGCGCCUACAGAAGGUGACCAUGAAGAUGAAGACCUGGACCAUGCAGCAGCAGAUACUCUGAGAUCAGAGGACGAUGCAGAAGAGGAAGACGAAGACGAAGGCGUUGGUGCCGUCAAGAUCAAGCCGGGCGAGACGGAUGACGAAGAUGAGAGUGACGAGAGUGAAGGAUCAGUAGGCCACAGUGAGAGUGCCGACGAGUCUGAUGGUGAGGCCUCAUGGGAUGAAGCUGUCGAAAAUAUCGAAGACGAUGUAGAAGACGAAGAUAAGUUCGACGAACUUGGCGGCCUUUGCAUGUUCUGUAAGGAAGACGAGGAUACGGGCGCAUAUAUCACCUGCAGAGAAUGUGGGGAGAAGUCACACGAGCACUGCGCAAAAAAUAAUUCUGCGUGGAGUGAAAAGCAUAGCACCACAAAAUGGAAAUGUCUAGAUUGCGCAUCAACAGAUCUGGCUGGUGAAGGAGAUGUGGAUGAAGCAGAAGGUGUGGGGCUUGCUUGCUCUCCCAUAACUACAGGAUCGGCCUCUUCGACGCAUGGCGGCGCAGACUCAAAAUCGGGUUGUGAUCUUCCAGACCAAAACCACCCGGCAGUAGACGAGGAUUCCUUGGAUGGUUCUCGCGUGCUCAGAAAGCGCAAGACAUCAUCUGUGGAGGCCGACGAGGGUGUGAUGUCAUUGCGUAAGCGUCGCAAGAACACAUCGGAGACCCGAGGUCAUGAUGAUGGCACAACAGGCACAGAGGACCCUACAAGGCCCCAGUCCUCUCGGUCAUUGAGACCAAAGACGUCUGACUCUGCCCAUGUCAGCAUCGAGAAGAAGACUCGGGAUACAUUUAUCCUAAAGCUCAAGGCCGAUCCUACAGAACUGAGGCGUAUAGAGGCUCGACCACGGCAGAUUCCCAAGCGUCGAGGUGGUCGAACUGGCGGUCGCUCUGGUGGUCGAUCUGGGGGCCGAUUCGGCGGUCGGGGCCGCACAACACGUCCUCCCGCUCAACCAGUGGUACAAAACUUAGUGGCGCCAUUUGCAGCGCCAUUUUCUUCCUCGGCAUUAUAUCAGCCCUUCUUUUUUGACAAGGAAUCAGAAGAGCUCAAAGGCAAGCCGUACGGCGGUAUCCUCGACGAGGCCGAUGCGGACACUAGCAAGACCUUUCCGCAGCCCGAGGAUCGUAAGCGCUUCGACGAGGCAAAACAGAAGGCUGAGGAGGAAUGGCGAGAGAGGAUUCUCAAAAUGCAGGCGACCAUGACAGUCCCUGUCAAAAAAUCGAAAAAACCGUCGGGCCCGGCAAGCCAGAUCGAAUGUAUCGAGUUUGGCGGCUGGGAAAUCGACACCUGGUAUGCAGCCCCGUAUCCAGAGGAAUACAGCAGAAACCGGGUUCUCUACAUCUGCGAGUUCUGCUUGAAAUACAUGAACUCGGACUACGUGGCAUGGCGUCACAAGCUCAAGUGUCCUGCGAAACAUCCCCCGGGAGAUGAGAUUUACCGCCAUGGGUCCGUCUCGGUUUUCGAGGUAGAUGGCCGGAAGAAUCCAGUGUAUUGCCAGAACCUUUGCUUGCUGGCUAAGCUGUUUCUUGGGUCAAAGACGCUGUACUACGACGUCGAGCCAUUCUUGUUCUACGUACUGUGCGAGUACGAUGAGUAUGGCUAUCACUUCGUUGGGUACUUUUCCAAGGAAAAGCGAGCAAGUAGUCAAAAUAACGUCAGCUGCAUCUUGACCUUGCCAAUACAUCAACGAAAGGGAUACGGAAAUUUGCUCAUCGACUUCUCCUACCUUCUCACCCGCGUGGAAAAGAAGACGGGCUCGCCUGAGAAGCCACUCUCGGAUAUGGGCCUGGUCUCGUACAGGAACUACUGGCGACUGGUUCUUUGCCAGUACUUCAUCGAUCACGUCCCUGAGGAUAAAGAAAAACAGACAGGCCUCAGCAUCAAGCAAAUCUCGGACGACACAGGCAUGACAGCUGACGAUGUUGUCGCCGCGUUGGAAGGCCUGAGAUGUUUGGUGCGAGACCCACAAACCGAGUUGUACGCCUUCAGGGUAGAUUUGCCUUUCUGCAGAGAGUAUGUUGAGAAGUGGCAAGCCAAAAAAUACGUGAAGCUCGAUCCACGCUAUCUCACGUGGACCCCGUACGUCAUGGGUAGGGGCAACGCGACGAACUUUGAGCUGGGCCCAGCUCUUAACGCCAUCGCGCCCCGCGAGGAUGAGGAAGAGCCGAAACCAACGGAACCCGCCAUCACGGUUCUUCCCAGCGGGGAGACCUCUGUUGUGUAUGCCGCUGUCACUGCACACAGCGAAGCGAACAACGGCGGCGCAGCCAACGGAGAACCUACCGUGCUUCAGUCCACCGAAGCUAACGAUGACGGGGCAAAGACAACGGCUGAGUCAAAUCUGGAACUUCAACCGAGCAUCGAAGGCGACAGAGAGGUGAGCGUUGCGAAGGAGGUAAUCGUGGACAAGGAGCUUCCCGAACGGAAGUGGAUGCAUCUUUACAAGUCAAUCCCUCCAACGCGUUUUCAAGUGUUUCCUCCGAUAUCCCGCAAGGUUGAGCGGCCUCGAGCGGCUGUCGUACGGAUACCAGUUGCGCAACCCGUGGCUCUUCCGCGCCCUAAGCCUAAACGUCCCGCAGGGCCGCGUCGUUCAGCCCCAGCAAAGAAGCCAAAAAGCUCCACCGCACGGGUUCGUAAGGCGGGCGGAACAGGUCGGGGACCUGGCAGAUGGCCCAAGGGGACCAAGAAGAGCGACUAUGGGAAUGCUGACAGCGGACCAGGAUUACCUCCGGCAUGGAUUGCUGCCAGGCUUGCUGCUCAAGCAUCCAAGAAUAAUGGUCGGGAGGCGAAUGCCACAUCAGAUAGCAAAGACACAGCAGCUGCCAAGGUCGAGGGUAAAGCUGAAGAUACGGUGCAAGUCCAGACGCCUAUUGUCAAGGAUGUCUAG